CAGCACAGCGGGGAUUUCUACACGGACAGACAGCGCAAUGAAGAGCAGCGUCGACCCGUCAUCAUGUGCACCGGGCUUCCGAGGACUGCCUGUCCGCUGCGACGACUUAUUGCCCUCUGCCUCCUUCUCUCCCACGCAGCAGCCUAUUUCGGACUUACAGGUCGCGAACCCCUGGUCUUUCUGCCGGGUCCAUUCUCUAACGAGCCUCCGAGCGGUAAAGCGCACCUGAAACAAUGCGAGCAGAUGACUUUGACGCGCCGGCAAAAGCGCCUGUGUCGGCGGGAACCUGGGAUGGCGGAGACUCUGAGGGAAUCUGUCCGCCUCAGCUUCAUGGAGUGCCGCUAUCAGUUUCGCAACGAGCGCUGGAACUGCAGCAUGGAUGGCCGUGAAAGCCUUUUAAAACGAGGUUUUAAAGAGACGGCCUUUCUGCUCGCGGUGUCAUCAGCAGCGCUGUCUCACGCGCUGGCCAAAGCGUGCAGCUCAGGGCGGAUGGAGCGCUGCACCUGCGAUGAUACUCCGGGUCUGCAGCAGCGCGAGGCCUGGCAGUGGGGUGUGUGCGGGGACAAUCUGAAAUACAGCACCAAGUUUCUCAAGAAGUUUCUGGGGCAAAAACGGGUCAGCAAGGACCUGCGUGCCCAGAUAGACGCUCAUAACAUUAACGUCGGUAUUCGGGCAGUGAAGAGUGGACUUAAGACUACUUGUAAGUGUCACGGUGUCUCUGGCUCCUGUGCUGUGAGGACAUGCUGGAAGCAGCUUUCCCCUUUUCAUGACACGGGCCACCUGCUGAAGUAUCGUUAUGAUACCGCAGUUCGUGUGCACAGUGUCACCAAUGCCGCCACGGGGGAGUCUGAACUGGCAGGGCCCCAUCGUCAUAGCAACACAGGUCCCCGGCCACGGCCCACCGAACUGGUGUUUCUGGAGGAGUCACCCAGCUUCUGCAGGCCAUCGCGCUAUUCGCCCGGAACAGCCAGCAGACAGUGCUCUAAGGACACAAGCUGCAGCAGCCUAUGCUGUGGACGUGGCUACAACACAGCCCUGCGACUCACAACCCUCUCUUGCCACUGCCAAGUCCGCUGGUGCUGUCACGUAGAGUGUCAAACAUGCCUCAGAGAGGAGGAGGUCUAUACCUGCAAGAAACAUUGAUAGGUCAUGCAGGAGAUUGAAGGAGACAAAGAGUAAGUGGAAAGUGAGGAGGGUACUUCAUGUAUUACAUGGAAAAGUCAACUAGUAGAAUUUAAUGAGAGGAUAAAUGCACAAGAUGUUUUUCUGGAGGAAAAGGUUUGGAGGUUGUCAUCCAGGUAAUGCUAAGGUAGAUGAUGUUGAUGAUGAUCAUAAGAGAGAACAUCUGCCAGUCUCACCUGAUUUAGAUUGGCUUCAAUGAGAUGUCUAAAUACUGACAAGUGUAGGCGAACCUGUACAUGGGUCUGAGAGCAUUUGUGAGAUACUUGACUAAAUGAAUAUUGCUCGUCUUCUGUCAUGGAAUCCUUGUCUUCUUGAGCUCAUCUCGCAAGAAGUGGAACUGCUUGACUUUUGCUGAAAUGUAGUGUUAAGCCAGUGACUAUCUAAUAACCCCCUAGGGAUGGUUGCCUUUUGAUCAGUUUGUGCCAAACACACACUUUAUGGCAAUGGACUUGAGAUUUGCAAUGUUCAGUAAUACUUAAACUAAUACUUUGACAGUGAGAUGGCAGUCUGCCCACUUACAUUUUUGACUGCAUGUCUGACUGUUUGUCUCGCUAUUUGCCUAUACUGUAUAUCUGUCUAUUGCUCUGACAGUCCACUUAUGACUUAAAAGGUAUACUGAGAAUAUGAAGCACUUCUGAAUGCUUUUGGUGAAUAUAACAGAUAUAUAAUGUGGGUCGGGGGGUUAUAUAUAUUAUAUGUUACAUAAUAAGCAAUGUUAUGUUUAUAUCUUGAAUGGUCGUUUAAUGGCUGCAUCUGGUAAUAGAUAGGAACAUAUUUAUUUUAAUUAGACAAAACUGAUCAACCGUUGCACCGAUUACAAGUACACUUACAUUCUCUGGUAUUCCAGAUAAUUUUUGGUUUAAUCUGCCAUAUUGCUGCAUUAUAUGCCACUUUCCUGCACAUAUAUAUUGUGUCAACAUUUACAAGCAUUAGGGAACAUCUAGAACAAAGUGUGUCAUUACAGUGUGACCCAAAUGUUACCUCUCCCUACAGCUGUGUAGUGCGUGCAAACAUCUGGCCAACUGAGUGUGUAGUCUUUAUACUUUACUUUCCCAUCAAGGGCAAGGAGAGAGAGUGUGUCUCAUUCAGAACAAAGGAAAACAUCUCUUUACCUAGUAAGCCAACCUCUCGGCCCUAUAAAUUGAGGCUCAUCAUAAGCCCUUUCAUGUGUGUGAAGCCUUUGAUAAAGUCCAUUCCAGUGCCUUAUUUAGCUCAUUACCAAUCAGAGCAAAUAACAGUGCUUUUUCUCCAGAAUGUGCCAGAGUUCAAGCAUGUUGGAUGCCCAAUAGAGGUCUUUGUAAAGUUUUAUUUUUUGUCGUUUUAUUAUUUUUCCAUUAGAAAAUCAGGUUUCUACACAAAUUACAAAGAAUUACAUUUGUUAUCCAAAUUUGAGUCAAAAAGUUAAAAACACAUUUCAACAUUCAAAAAGAAAGUAUUACUUCUAUCCUACUUGCUGUUAACAUUACUUACAAGAAUUUCUUCACUUAGAGAUGAAUCCAAAUUUAAAGUAUGAGCAUGAAAGUGUACUUGCCUAACCUACGUGGUGGCAUUAAUCACGUAGAUUAAGAGGAAGAAUGCCCAAGCAUUCAGUAGCAUGCCAUUCAGUUGAAACAUUUGUAAUGUUUAAAAGCAUUUGGUGCAAAAAGGCUUCUUCACUAGUUGAGAUUCAAAUGCAAAGUGUGAGAGCUUUCACCUAAUCUAUUCCGUUUCUAUGAAAGCAAAAUAUCUAAAAAAAAAAACUCUGGAGUUGUCACACUGACUCAGCACAUGCAAAUACCUGAAACCCCAAUGGUGGCCAUGGAAACCCAAAUGAAAUUGUUCCGUAGAUUGGAGAGUGCAUUUGUACAUGUGAGCGUGUUCUGCAUAUGCAUGUUUCUCUUUUGCGACUGCUGAAAUAGUCAAAUUUAAAGCACAAACUGUAUAGCUAUAAAACCCUUUGUCAACCUGAGGGUCACAGAGUUUAUGUGUUUGUUUGUGUUGUCAUAGCUUUGACAGUGUAAUGUUUCACUUUGUGUUUUAGACAUUUCACGCCGGGGAUCUUUUCUACUACCUCACCCGGUUUAUGGGGGAAAUUAAAUAUUAAGAUUAAAAUGUUAAUUUUUCACCAGAUAUUUAAGACAAUGCUUCUUUUAAAAGCUUUAGAUGUAUUUUUCCUUUUUUUCUUUUUUUUUUUUUACUUUUGUGUCAUAUUUCCUUAUUUAAGAAUUAAGAUAUCAUAUUCAAAUAAACUUAAUGCAUUUGUAAAAAUAGUGUCUCAAAUUGGUCAGAAUAUUAUAUCUUUAAAUUUAUAUAUGCUUAUUUUUCCUCUUUCUCUGUUUCUCUUUCUCUCUGUGUGUCUGUGUUUGUAGUUGCACACCUGUCCCGAGCUCUGCACGCAAUCACCUGCUUUCUAGUUAAAUGUAUCACGACCUGCAGUAUUUCACUGUCACUUCUCUCAACCAUUCUCAUUUCUCAUUUCACUCACCCAGAACAUAUACCUUUGACCUUUCAUGUGAUUAUGUACACCACAUGUAUACCCACAACAAAACCUAAGUAGUGGACCCUGGAAAUCUUCCAGAGGUCAAGUAAGUGUCUUGUGACCAAUGGCAUCAUGCACCUAUUUUUUAAAGGGUAAACUAGUAGUGGUCCUGCCUCAUUUAAACAUGGCGUGGACAUGCUUUAAAAAUGUUGCAGGUAAUGUGAGCAAUGUUAAAGAUUUUGUGUAGAGUGCAAAGGGACCCGGGUUCAAAUCAUGACCAAAAUAUAUAUUAUUUGUAUUAAUAAUAUAAUGUAUUUAAUAGAAAUGUAAUAUAAUGUAACAUAUUUAUAAUCAGGGGUUCAAUUGGGAUUUUGAAGGUGAACCCUAAAAUCAGGCAGUGAUUCUGGUGCCCUGGGUUAGAUUAAAACAUGACCCCACCCCCUAAAAGCAUAUAUAAUUUUAUAACUGAACAAUAAUAAAACACUAUUUCUUACUAAUUAUAUUAUCAGCUUAUUAACAUUUACAUGAAUUUAAUUUCUUAAUAUUCAGUGAAUGGAAAUACAUGUACAGUUGAACCUUUUACUAAAAGUUUUAUGCUGAUAAUAUAAUUUGAAAUAAAAAUAUAAAAAUGUCAAAGAGUGCAAAAUAGAAGCAUUUUCAACAGUGAACCCCACAUAUAUGGUAUUUACUAGACAACAACAACAACAAAAAAGUAAAUCUAAACUUGGGCACACACAUACAGCAGAUAAAUAUACCUUCCUGAGACCCGAUCAUGACUGCUGUAUGCAUUAUUCUUUUCCCUUUUUGAUUUGUAACUAGUGGCACCUAUAAACAUGCAAAACAUUUUAAUAAUAAUAUGUUUUUUGAAGAGCAUAUAGUUUCCCUAAAAAUAUAUGUCAUUUGGGGACAGCAGGUCUAAGUUGUGAAAUUUUAAAUAAUACCAAGCUGUAGGAAAUCAGAUUUUGUAUUAUUAUUUUUUAUUGUUUAUGAUGUUUCCAGGGGUGUUGGUUAUUCAUGUUUUAAUACUUUACAGACAUUACAGCUGAUUUUCUGUAAGGCUGCUUUGGAACAAUGUGUAUUGAGGAAAAGCACAAAUCAAA